AGAUUGAAUACCAAAUUAACAAAAAAAAUAUAAAUUGCAGCAAGUCUAGCCUUCUCUUCCCCAUUCUGGAUUAGGGUUUUGCAGCCGUCCUCCGAGCGUCAGCAAGCAGCGGCCAAUUCUCCAUCUCCGUCGCCAUGGGUCGUAUGCACAGUGGAGGUAAGGGUAUCUCCGCAUCAGCUAAGCCAUACAAGAGGACUCCACCGAGCUGGCUGAAGAUUUCAUCUCAGGAUGUUGAGGACAACAUAUGCAAGUUUGCCAAGAAGGGUCUUACGCCAUCACAAAUUGGUGUUAUUCUUCGUGAUUCUCAUGGUAUUGCUCAGGUGAACAGUGUAACAGGAAGCAAGAUUCUGCGCAUUCUGAAGGGACAUGGCCUUGCUCCUGAAAUCCCUGAGGAUUUGUAUCACCUCAUCAAGAAAGCAGUUGCCAUCAGGAAGCAUUUGGAGAGGAACAGGAAGGAUAAAGAUUCCAAAUUCAGGCUCAUUCUUGUGGAGAGCAGGAUUCACAGGCUUGCUCGCUACUACAAGAAGACCAAGAAGCUGCCACCUGUCUGGAAAUACGAGUCCACCACAGCCAGCACUCUUGUGGCCUAGAGAAGAGAAGUGAAGGUUUAUUUUAUUUUUGUAAAAGUUGGAAGAAUGGAGUUUCUUAUUUCAAGUGGGUGUUUUCUAUUUUGUUAUGUAGCAUGAAUUUCAGUUUAUAUGGCAUUUUUUUUCAAUGAUAUUAUAUUUAACUUUCAA